UGCCUUAAUGUAUCUGCGGAACGUCAUAGUAUUGAUCCGACAGUCGUGAAUUGUUCCUAACUUCACUCCUAUGAAAUUGUUAUAUAUUCCUUUUUAAAUAUGUAAAAUAAACAUUUGCAAAAUUAUUGAGUUAGAAAAAUUAAUAUUUAUUAUAGAAAAUGGAAAAAACGAUCAGUAAAAUACUUGAUAUAUCUUGGAGAUUCGGUGUAACUGCCGCAAGUAGUGAUUCAGACAAAGUUGGCAAAUCUUUUUUGCAGCUGAAAUUAUGUCUCGAUGAAGGUAGUAGAAUAAAAGACCAUUUCAUCGAGAUGAGUAUCCCUGAAUUUUAUAAAUUUCUGCAUGAUCUAGAGAAAGCAAAGAUUAAUCUAGAUUUAUUAGUUUAAUUAUCUUAAUUAUAUAUAAAAGUAAUAUAAAUGUUAUAUUACCAACAUGUAAUUACAUUGAUGUUAAUUAUAAAAUAUAAGUAAUAUGUUAUUUUUUAUUGAAAUCGACGAUAAAUACGUUAAAAUAUAUCGAAGUAAUAUUUUUUUCUAUUUAAUAAAUAAUCGAUUUUUGUAAAAAUAUCAAACACUUAUCAUAUAACACGUGCAUACAAAUAUAGAUAAUCUAUCUUUUAUUUACAAAA